AUGCCCUCCUACACUGUCACCGUGGCCACUGGCAGCCAGUGGUUCGCAGGAACCGACGACUACAUCUACCUUAGCCUCGUGGGCUCCUUAGGCUGCAGCGAGAAGCACCUGCUGGACAAGCCCUUCUACAAUGAUUUCGAGCGUGGAGCGGUUGAUUCUUAUGAUGUGACAGUAGAUGAAGAGCUGGGUACCAUACAGCUGAUCAAGAUCGAAAAGCGCAGGUACUGGCUUCAUGAUGACUGGUACCUUAAGUACAUUACACUGAAGACGCCUUAUGGGGAUUACAUUGAGUUUCCUUGCUAUCGAUGGAUCACAGGUCAGGGUGAGAUCAUCCUAAGAGAUGGGCAAGCAAAGUUGGCCCAUGAUGACCAAAUUCAUAUUCUAAAACAGCACAGACGUAAAGAAUUGGAAACAAGGCAAAAACAAUAUAGAUGGAUGGAGUGGAAUCCAGGCUUCCCAUUGAGUAUUGAUGCCAAAUGCCACAAAGAUUUGCCCCGUGAUAUCCAGUUUGAUAGUGAAAAGGGAGUGGACUUUGUUCUAAACUACUCCAAAGCGAUGGAGAACCUGUUCAUCAACCGCUUUAUGCAUAUGUUCCAGUCUUCCUGGCAUGACUUCGCUGACUUUGAGAAGAUUUUUGUUAAGAUCAGCAAUACUAUUUCUGAACGGGUCAUGAAGCACUGGCAAGAAGAUCUCAUGUUUGGCUACCAGUUUCUGAAUGGCUGCAACCCGGUGUUGAUCCAGCGCUGCAAAGAGCUGCCCAAGAACCUUCCUGUGACCACAGAAAUGGUGGAGUGCAGCCUAGAAAGGCAGCUCACCUUAGAAGAGGAGGUUGAGCAAGGGAACAUUUUCAUUGUGGACUUCCAGCUACUGGAUGGUAUUGAUGCCAACAAAACAGACCCAUGCACAAUGCAAUUUCUGGCGGCACCCAUCUGCCUGUUAUACAAGAAUCUGGCCAACAAGAUUGUCCCCAUUGCUAUCCAGCUCAACCAAGUCCCAGGAGAUGAGAACCCUAUCUUUCUUCCAUCGGAUGCAAAGUAUGACUGGCUUCUGGCCAAAAUCUGGGUACGUUCUAGUGACUUCCACGUUCAUCAGACCAUCACUCACCUCCUGCGCACACAUCUGAUGUCUGAAGUUUUCGGCAUUGCAAUGUAUCGCCAGCUGCCUGCUGUGCACCCCAUUUUUAAGCUCCUGGUGGCACAUGUGCGCUUCACCAUCGCCAUCAACACCAAGGCUCGUGAGCAGCUCAUCUGUGAGUAUGGACUCUUUGACAAGGCCAAUGCCACAGGGGGUGGAGGGCACGUGCAGAUGGUGCAGAGAGCCAUGCAGGACCUGACCUAUAGCUCACUGUGCCUCCCUGAGGCCAUCAAAGCCCGGGGCAUGGACAGCACAGAGGACAUUCCCUACUACUUCUACCGGGAUGAUGGGCUCCUGGUAUGGGAAGCCAUCAGGACGUUCACGGCUGAGGUCAUAAACAUUUACUACGAGAGUGACCAGGUGGUGGUGGAAGACCAGGAGCUGCAGGAUUUCCUGAAGGAUGUUUAUGUGUACGGCAUGCGGGGCAAGAAGGCCUCAGGCUUCCCCAAGUCCAUCAAGACCAAAGAAAAGCUGUCUGAGUACCUGACUAUGAUCAUCUUUACUGCCUCAGCCCAGCAUGCAGCAGUGAACUUUGGCCAGUAUGACUGGUGCUCCUGGAUCCCCAAUGCCCCGCCAACCAUGAGAGCUCCGCCACCAACAGCCAAGGGUGUGGUGACCAUCGAACAGAUCGUAGACACUCUGCCAGACCGUGGCCGGUCCUGCUGGCACUUGGGUGCAGUGUGGGCCCUGAGCCAGUUCCAGGAAAAUGAGCUGUUCCUGGGCAUGUACCCAGAGGAACAUUUCAUCGAGAAGCCUGUGAAGGAGGCCAUGGCCCGAUUCCGCAAGAAUCUUGACACCAUAGUCAGCAAGAUUGCCGAACGCAACAAGAACAAGAAGCUGCCCUAUUAUUACUUAUCUCCAGACCGGAUUCCCAAUAGUGUGGCUAUCUAA